CCGGGGGGCUGGUCGCCUUUGCUGGCAGGUUCGGCCGGCGGGCGCGGGGCUGUCGCGCUGCACGGCGGCGAGGCCCGGGCCCGGCGCAGCCCUGCCUGCGGCGCGGCAGGGGCGGGAGCCUCCCCGCCGGGCCGGGGCUCCCGCGGCGGCGCCAGGGGCCGCGUGACCGCUGUGCCCACGCCGCGCUUACACCGAGUUGUGCUUCGGGCUGGCGGCGCUCGCCUUCUCCGAGCGGGCGGCCCAGGGAUUUCUGCGGCGGCUGCCUCGGAGAUGCCGAAGCCGGCCGAGUCCUCAGAACUGAGUGGUUCUCUGGCUCCAGGAAGAUUCCCGGGACCACUGUAAGUGUUGACGGGGCGCGGCGCCGGCCCGAGUAGAGCCUGGACAAGCGCAGUGUCCCGGAGGAGGCUAGCUUAAGUGCAGUUUCGAAGGGCAGGCACAGAGCAUGGAGAAUGAUGAACUUCCGCCAGCGGAUGGGGUGGAUUGGAGUGGGGCUGUACCUGCUGGCGAGCGCGGCGGCCUUCCACUACGUCUUUGAGAUCAACGAGACGUACAACAGGCUGGCCCUGGAGCACACUCAGCAGCACCCCGAGGAGCCCCUGCAAGGGACCACAUGGACACAUUCCUUGAAAGCGCGGUUGCUCUCGCUGCCCUUUUGGUUGUGGACGGUUAUUUUCCUGGUCCCCUACUUACAGAUGUUUUUGUUCCUGUACUCCUGCACAAGAGCCGACCCCAAGACGGUGGGCUACUGCAUCAUCCCCAUAUGCCUGGCAGUGAUCUGCAAUCGCCACCAGGCGUUUGUCAAGGCGUCUAAUCAGAUCAGCAGACUGCAACUGAUCGACACGUAGUCGCUGUCCUUGUUCCGGAACUGCCGGUACUUCAUGGAGUCUGACCGCAGGCUGCAGUUCUCGCAGAUCUCAGGAAGUUGUGGCGGGCAGCGGGUUUUUAAGGAAAUGUGACUGGAGGGCUGUAUCUGAGUAAUAAUGGCUUUUUAGGUAAAGCCGGAGACACAGUACAACAAAAUCAUGUUGACGACUUCAGAUUUUUGGAGGUGAAAUUGUGUCUGUUAUUUGCAUUCUUUAGAAACUUGAAUAAGCACCUGAGCUUAUAUUUCUAUUCUGCUGUACAACAUAGUGAUGAUUCAGAAAAUGUUCCUUUAGGGGAAAAAAUGAAUAUAAACGUUUCCAUUGUGUUACGUGUAUAAAAGGUCCAAACAUGGUCAUAAAAUUUAAAUUUUAUACAA